AUGAGAAAAGCAAAAAUGAUCAGCAAUCGUGUAGGUCAACCAAGUAUUAAUAUGAAUAUGAAUCACAAUGCUGCAGCCCCAUCCAAUGUAGCCAGUAAUACCUGCAUCAAUCAGAAUAUACAAAACUUUGAGAAUCUUCAAAGCACAUCUAAAGGCAUUUUAACCUAUUUGGAGCGGCAGUUGGAUUCUGACGCUACAGGAAGCAGUUCUGAUGAAGACUGGGAUGAGAAGCCUGGAAAAAUGGAUAUCUGUAAAUCAAAAUGUUCCUGGUUGUCGGUGAGAGCGGAUAUAGGGAGCCGCUGGACCUGGCUUCAGGCUAAGAUCUCAGAACUGGAGUACCAAAUCCAGCAACUAGGUCAUCUUCAGAGUCAGCUACGAAACCAGAAGGGAACGCUGCUGUUUGAGGAACCCUCAAAUUCUAUUAUCCAAAAGAAAGAGCAUCUGCCAGAGCCAAGCAUUUCUUUGAGGCCUGCAGAGAGGGUAGCAACACCUCCAGAAGAUAGAAAUCUAUCUUCCACCAAGGAUUUAGAAAUGUCUCCAAGCAGCCCAACUAUGCUCCUGAGAAACAUUGAAAAGCAGAGUGCUCGGCUAACAGAAAUGGUUAGCAGUCUGAUGACCUCUUUCCCAGUCACCCUAUCUCCUAAGCCCUGUGUGAAAUCUCCCAACCGUGAAUAUGGGGCAGCUGCAUUUCCAAGAGCUAGCAGAACAUCCAUGCAUAAGCCAGAAUCUUCUGUGCUCAAUGGACUCAGCCAGAAGCAGGCAAAAAAGGAUAGGAAGAAUAUCCAUGCCAAAGCACCCUUCACUUUUGGGAGCAGUUCAGCCCGUACCAGACCACUACAAUUAUAUCACAAGAGAAAUCUAUAUAGAUUUGGCUCUGAAUGCACAGCUAUGCUCUCCCACAAAGCUGUUUAUUGCUGUAAUGAGUCACUGCAAUCCUCAAAGCACCACUCCACCUGGACCUGUUGUGACAAGCCGCAGAAACCUGUGUUAGUGAAUAGCAAUGUGUGUGAGAUAGAACCGCAUUUCCAUCCUGUCUUAUCACUGCCGUCUGACAUCCCUCUUCAGCUUUACCUUGAUGCUUUGCUAAAGAACAGAGAAAUUAGGGGCGAUGCUGCGGAUAACAAUCUACUCAUACAAAAAGAAGAUGGAUGCCACCCUUACUAUACGAACAAUUCAUCUACAAGUAGUACUACUCCAGAGUCUUUCUAU